AUGGCUGAACAAUUGACCUGGCACUACAAUCAUAGAAGUCAAGAUGGUAAGAUGCGCCACCCUGUUGAUUAUCUGGUAUGGAAAAACAUUGACAAUAAGUGGCCUAACUUUGCAUCAGAACCUCGAAAUCUGAGACUUGGACUAUCAUUAGAUGGAUUCAAUCCGUUUGGUGACUUUAGUUCUAGGUAUAGUUAUUGGCCGGUGAUAUUGAUGACAUACAAUCUUCCCCCAUCUUUAUGUAUGUCUAAGGAAAAUAUGAUGUUAACAUUGCUGAUCCCAGGGCCAAAGCAACUUGGAAACGAUAUUGAUGUUUAUUUGCAGCCACUUAUUGAAGAUUUGAAGGAGUUAUGGGUAAGGGUAAGUGUGUAUGAUGAGUGGAGAGAUAACACAUUCAGUUUGAAGGCAGUUUUAAUGUGGACUAUCAAUGACUUCCCUGCUUAUGGGAAUUUAUCGGGUUAUUCCACAAAAGGCAGAAAAGCUUGCCUUGUUUGUGGUGUCCAAACCUGUUCACAAUGGCUAGAAAAUGGAAAAAAACAUGCUUACAUGGGUGAUAGGAGGUGGCUUCCUGAAGAUGAUCCUUUUCGAUUUAAAGCUUCUUGGUUUGAUGGAACCGAGAAGCAUAGAGCAAAGCCUAUACAAUUAACGGGAUCACAAGUUUUCCAAGUUGUCAAGGAUUUUGUAAAUGAUUGGGGAAAAGAAAAAAAACAGAAAGAUGGGGAGGAUGGCAAAAGAAAGAGAAAAAGACAGAGGGCUGAAGAUAAGACUAAUGAUUUAGAGGAUGAUGGUGGUGUGAAUCCUUUUAAGCUUACAAAACGUUGGAAGAAGAGAUCAAUCUUUUUUGAUCUGCCAUAUUGGGAGGCAUUGUUAUUACAUCACAAUUUGGAUAUGAUGCAUACCGAGAAGAACAUUUGUGAGAGCCUUCUUGGAACUCUCUUGAAUAUGAAGGGAAAAACAAAACAUAACCCAAAUUCUCGUAAAGAUUUGAAGAAGAUGGGGAUUCGAAAGAAUUUGCACCUAAAGAAUGAUGACCUUAGUAGCUUUAAAGGUACAACCCCUGCAUAUGUAUUUUUAAAGGGAGAGAGGUUUAUGAAGACAUUAAAGGACUAUGUGAAAAAUCGUUCGAACCCUGAAGAGUGCAUUGCUGAAAAGUAUUUAGCUGAAGAACUUACAAAGUUUUGCAGUGGAUAUUUCACACAAGCUGCUGAUGUGGGUGUGCAGCACAAACGCAAUGAGGAUCUUGAAGAUGAUAAUGUUUUAGAAGGGCGUGGAUUUGGUGGGAAGAGUAGACCAAUGACUCCAACAAUGUUGCAGAUUGCACAUCGUUAUGUUUUGAUGAAUACGAUCAUACUUGAUCCAUGGAGGAAAAUGCUUAAGGAUGAGCUCAAGCUUUUAGACUCACGUCUUACAAAGAAUGAAAGCCUGCUAGACAAGAAGCAUAUGAAAAAAUUUUCUUGUUGGCUGUCCGAAAUGGUUAGAACGGGUGAUUCCGCUGAUAUGCCAAAUAUUGUGAGGUGGCUUGCUUGUGGACCUCGACGGGAGGUGAAGAGCUGUUCAAGUUUUAUUAUUAAUGGAAAUAGAUUUCAUACAAAGGCAGCAGAGAAGGACACUCAAAACAGUGGUGUUUUUGUUGAAAGGGACAUGUAUUGUCGAGCUAGUGCAAAAGACACUGCUCUAAGGUUGGAGAUGGUAGACUACUAUGGUGUUAUAAGGGAAAUAAUCCUAUUAGACUACCAUAACUUUAAAGUGCCUCUCUUUCAUUGCGAUUGGGCAAAUAUAAGUAAUUGUGUCAAGGUGGAAGAUGGAUUUACAUUAGUUAAUCUCAACCAGGGGAAGCAUCAGUUUGAGAGGGACCUAUUUAUUUUUGCAUCUCAAGCAAAACAAGUCUUUUACUCAAGAGAGAGUAAGACAUCGAACUGGUAUGUAGUGCUAAGAGCACCACCAAGAGGGUUUUAUGAGAAUGAGAACCUUAAUGAGGUUGAGUACAUACCAUGUGCUCCAUUUGAUGUAUCACAACUUGGCCACAAUCUUGAUGAUGACAAUUGUUUGAGACGUGAUAGUGAGGAUGUGAAUAAUAAUGCUUCGGUAAUUUCUGCUUGA